UUUUUCAACAGUCAAAGCAGUCGGACGUGCCUAGGCAGCAAACUAGAAAAUAUAAAAUACAACAACUAGACAUAACCGAAUUUAAAGAAUAAGCAAAAAUAGUUGCGUACUUAAAGCGUUCCUCAAUUCAUUUUUUUAGAAAAUAUUUCGACAAAGAAAGCUAAUUAAAUAAGCCAAAAUGUCCGCACGCCGCGUUACAGUUAACACACGCGUCUCACGCGCCUCCACGUCGACGCCAGUUGGCGGAGCCUCGACCUCGGGGCGCUUGGGUGGCGCCACAAGCCCCACCAGCCCCACGCGCACCACACGUCUGCAGGAGAAGGAGGAGUUGCAGCAUCUGAAUGACCGUCUCGCCUGCUACAUCGAUCGCAUGCGCCAUUUGGAAAACGAGAACGGGCGCCUCACACAGGAGUUGCACUUGGCACAGGAUACCGUCAAUCGCGAGACCUCCAACCUGAAAGCUGUCUACGAGAAGGAGUUGGCCGCAGCACGCAAGCUGCUCGAUGAGACGGCCAAGGAGAAGGCCAAGCUCGAGAUCGAUAUUAAGCGUUUGUGGGAGGAAAAUGAUGAUUUGAAGCAAAGACUCGACAAGAAAACUAAAGAGGCAACCGUGGCCGAGAACAAUGCACGCCUCUAUGAAUCUCGUUACACCGAAGUGAAUGGCAAGUACAAUCAGGCCUUGGCCGAUCGCAAGAAGGCCGAGGAUCAGGCUAAGGAUUUGGCGGCGGAGAAUGAGCGUCUGCGCCGGCAAUUGGAUGAUCUGCGCAAGCAGCUGGAGGCCGAGACUUUGGCACGCGUCGAUCUGGAGAACCAGAACCAGAGUCUGCGCGAGGAGCUGGCCUUCAAGGAUCAGGUGCACUCACAAGAGCUAACCGAGACGCGUUCGCGUCGCCAGAUCGAGAUCAGCGAAAUCGAUGGACGCCUGGCGCGCCAAUAUGAGGCGAAGCUGCAGCAAUCGCUACAGGAGCUGCGCGAUCAGUAUGAGGCACAGAUGCGCGUCAAUCGUGAGGAGAUCGAGCUGCUCUACGACAAUGAGAUACAGAAUCUGAAGGCAGCCGCCGCCCGUGCCGCUCAAGGCUCGAUGCACGCCACCGAGGAGGUGCGUCUCAUGCGUACCAAGAUCGAUGGCCUCCACAGCAAACUGCAGGAGCUGGAGAACACCAAUGCCGGAUUAAAUGCACGCAUACGUGAGCUGGAAAAUCUCUUGGACACGGAGCGUCAACGUCAUAAUCAGUACAUUGCCUCACUGGAGGCAGAUCUGCAGCGUAUGCGCGAUGAGAUGGCACAACAGCUGCAGGAGUAUCAGGAUCUGAUGGACAUCAAGGUGUCGCUGGAUCUGGAGCUGGCAGCCUACGACAAGUUGCUGUGCGGCGAGGAGCGUCGCCUGAACAUUACCUCACCCGGCCGUCCCGGCACCGAUUCUGGCAUCUCCAGCAAUGGCACCCAUUUGAGUGCCAGCGGUGGCUCUCGUUCAGGUCGUGUUACGCCAAGCGGACGUCGUUCCGCUACACCGGGCAUAUCCGGCUCGAGUGCAGUGAAACGCCGCCGCACAGUUAUCGAUGAGAGCGAGGACCGCACCCUGUCCGAGUACUCGGUGAAUGCGGCCGCUAAGGGCGAUCUGGAAAUUAUUGAGGCGGACACAGAGGGUCGCUUCAUCAAGCUGCACAACAAGGGCACCGAGGAGAUCAACUUGACCGGCUGGCAAUUGACGCGAAUUGCGGGCGAUGAGGAGCUCGCCUUUAAAUUCUCGCGCGGCUCAAAGGUGUUGGGUGGCGCAAGUGUGACCAUUUGGUCGGUGGAUGCGGGCGCUGCCCACGAUCCACCAAACAAUUUGGUCAUGAAGAAGAAGUGGCCGGUGGCCAAUUCAAUGCGCUCGGUGCUGGCCAAUGCCGACAAAGAGGUGAGAGUCUUGUCGAUAUACAACACAUGCGGCACUUGUGACAUCUGCCGCCACUGCAAGCAUCUCGAGUUUGUGCUUGACCAGAUGUUGCCAGCUACGACCGUGUCCGUGCUAACGUUUCCAGCCACGUCUCGCGGCAUCGCAGCAGCGGCACGCCCAGCACCGGCUUUACCCUCGGUUCCGGAGCUGGCUCCACUGGCGUAAGAAGCCUCUUCUCGCUGCUCUUCUAAACAGAACCCACACAACUCAACAAACACACAAAUACACACACAAACACACACAGCAUAGAUGAUUCACCCACUCAUAGAGACUCACAAAAGGAUGGAGGAUAAAAAGAUGGAGCAGCAUCUGGAGAGAACUGGAACACGUGCAACAUUCACACAUCAAAACUGAUUUUUGAUGCAUAUCAAACUUAAAACUGCAAGUUAUUUAAUGUACAACAACCACAAUAUUGUAUUGGCUGGCUCUAUAUAUGUUUAAUAUGCUUAAGAGAGAUGUUCAAAA